AUGUCAAUCGACCAUUUGGCGACAGAGCUCCUGCUCCACAUUUUUCGAUCUUGCGACUCCAUAUCCGAUGUUUUGAACCUGGCAGCCUCAUGCCGUCGACUCCAUCGCAUCUUCAACUCGACCAACAAAGUACAACUCCUAGCCAGUGCCGCAGAGACUGAGUUCGGCCCGCUCCAGGAUGUCAUCCAAGUGGUGACACACAACGUGAGCCAGCCAGCUCAUCUCAUCCGGCAUGUGCCCAUGUCCGAUGCACUCCUCAAACAGAUAAUCCAGCUGGGUCUGGCGGCGCGGAAAUGGGAGACGGUCUACCCAUUCAAGAAAUGGAAGACUGACUACGAAAUCCGUCGCUCGCUGACUGAGCAAGAGAAGCUGCGGUUGCGCCGUGCCGUAUACCGGUUGUGGCUGUACCAUCGCGCAUUCCACACGCGUGCCUACGAUCGGUUCUCUCGCAGCCUUCGCCACGUCGUGACGGAACGCGCCCAGCUGCUCCACAACUGGUCUACUGCAGAGCUGGCGGAGAUGGAAGACCUACGCCUGGUCAUUUCUGACGUCGUGCAAAAUCACAUCUGUCCCAGCAACGGCGCCAUCCAGCGCAAAUUCCGCAAGCGAUACCCCGAGAGUACCCAUCAGCUUACCUUCAAUAUCCAUCUGAACUAUCCUCCCACCGAGUCCUCACCUGCGGCUUAUCACCAACGAUGCAACGAAAAGAGCCCGAGUGAUCUCUUCGGCCAGUACUUCCACACAGCCCAUCCGUCUAAUUACACCGAGUCGUCAGCCAAGAUCCGGUCUCGAUUCCGCAACGACCUCUCCCAUGAUCCAGGGUACGAGGGAUGGGGUGAUGAGAUCCCUCACUACUACGUUGUGCAGGACAUGAUGAAGCUCGACCCCGCGCAGGUAUUGUGGCUGCGUGAGCAUGCACCUCUCAAGGAGCAGGUGGAGGAUUUUAUUUGGUCUUUGGGUGAAUGGUUUCGCGAUAACGGCGAGACAUUCGGGGACACGCUCGAGUUUGUCAUGAGGGAGCGUGGCGACGAUGUCAGGGAGUUGCGAGCCGCGAUCCUUGAUCGUGAAAUGGGCAUAGUGUUGGAGUAG